AAAACAAUGUACAUGAUAAUGAAACGAACACAAACCAUAAACGUUGUGUAAAUUGUAAUUUAAAAUCUGUUGCAUUUUCAAAAUUAAAAUGUCAUAUUCUGACGACGAUUCAGAAGAAUUGCAACUCUCAAUUGAAGCACAAAAAGCAUUGAAAGAAUUUUACGAAGAGCAAAAUGGAAAGCUAUUAACCCUUUGCGAUGACAAGAAAGAUGUUUCAAAUGUACAAUUUGAUGAAGAUUGGCAACUAAGUCAGUUUUGGUAUGAUGAAAAUACGUGUGAACAAAUCACAAAAUGUGCUCUGCAAAAAGUUGGGAUUCAUGGAACAAUAGCACUGAUAUCAUGUCCUACGUUAUAUAAAGCAUUUAAAAAGAAAUUGCCAUCUAUUUCAAUUAAACUUCUCGAGUAUGACAAAAGGUUCAGUGCUUAUGGUACUGAUUUUAUAUUUUAUGAUUACAACGAACCGUUCAAAUUAGACAAAGAAUUACUUCAUAACUUUGAUCUGGUUAUUGUUGAUCCACCAUUUCUUUCUGAAGAGUGUUUGACCAAAUCAAUACAAACUGCAAAACUCCUAAUGAAGAAUUAUGUUAUACUUUGCACAGGUGAAAUUAUGGAAAGCAUAGCAAUACCAUUAUUGAAUGUUCAUAAGUGUUCAUUUGAACCUAGACACAAAAACAAUCUCGCUAACCAAUUUGCUUGUUUCACAAAUUUUUCAUCUGAACUUGACUAAAAAAAUGUUCUCAUAUAUAUUGUUAUAUUAAAAAAAUUGUCUUCAAUGUGUUUUUUCAAUAAAUAAAAUAAGAAAGCUCUGUUGUAAUACAA